UUCCCCCUUUUAUUUUUCCUCCUCUUCCUACCCCUUUUCCCCUCCCUUCGCUUGUUCUCGCUGCAGUGCAAGACCUUCAUCUCGGGGGCUUUCCCCACACCCUAGCCCUCCCCCCCUUUCUCUUUCUCUCUCUCUCUCUCUCUCUCUCUCUCUGGCUCCCCAGUGCCUCUUGGAUACUCUGGAUUAAUGCACAGUGAUGUAUAAUCCACAGAAUGCCCAGCAGUAUCGGAAAAAGAUUUAAACCGACAAAAUACAUCCCUGUCUCUACUGCAGCCGCCUUACUAGUGGGGUCAACUUCGCUCUUUUUCGUCUUCACGUGCCCGUGGUUGACCAGAGCCAUCUCCCCAGCUGUUCCACUCUACAAUGGGCUCGUAUUCCUGUUUGUCCUGGCAAACUUCAGUAUGGCCACGUUUAUGGACCCGGGCGUCUUCCCACGAGCCGACGAAGACGAGGAUAAAGAUGACGACUUCCGAGCUCCGCUCUAUAAGAACGUGGAGAUCAAAGGCAUCCAAGUUCGGAUGAAAUGGUGCGCCACCUGCCACUUCUACCGCCCUCCGCGUUGCUCCCACUGCAGCGUUUGCGACAACUGCGUUGAGGAUUUUGAUCAUCACUGCCCUUGGGUUAAUAACUGUAUCGGAAGACGAAACUACCGCUAUUUUUUCCUUUUCUUGCUGUCUUUAAGUGCCCACAUGGUCGGCGUGUUCACCUUCGGGCUUAUCUAUGUCUUACACCAUGCUGAAAAAGUGGGCGUGGCCCAUACUGCCGUUACGAUGACAGUCAUGUGUAUCGCUGGGCUGUUCUUCAUUCCAGUGAUUGGCUUGACUGCUUUCCACAUCGUUUUGGUGGCCCGAGGACGCACAACCAACGAGCAGGUGACGGGUAAGUUCCGUGGAGGAGUCAAUCCUUUUACUCAAGGAUGCUGCGGGAACGUGGAACAUGUCCUCUGCAGCCCCCUGGCUCCUAGGUACAUUGUGGAUCCCAAGAAGAAGGAGAUGGUUAGUGUGAAGCCCCCUUUCCUGAGGCCGGAUCUAAAGGAGCGACAGAUCACUGUCAAAAUAAGUGACAACGGUGUUCAAGCCAACCUCAACCAGAACAAGUCUAAAAUUAGCCUUGAAGGGCUGGACGAAAAUACCAUGGAUAUACAGCCUCCACUUCCACCCAAGGGGGAUUCCAGUAAAUACAGUGAACUGGGAAGCAAUGAAGAGACCAGCCUUUCUCCCAAACUGAUCAGCCCUCCUACACCUGCCAUGUACAAAUAUCGCCCUGCUUUCAGCCACAACUCUAAAGUCCAUUAUCAUGGAACAUCUGAGCAGAUCUCCCUCCACGAAGGACUCAGGCAAAGCUCCUUGGCCGAUGACAAUGACAGCAGCCUGGAUUAUCAAUCUGAGCCCAGCAUGGAGCUCCCCAACUAUCGGAAGAGUUCCCUUCACAAGACCUAUCAGUCUUCUCCGCUCCAAGCGGAUUCUUUUGCGGCCAACUCCAGAUCCCUAAGUCUGAAAGCGGGUGGCCGGAGAGGCCCCGACAAACUGCCCCUCCAUCCCAUGAAAUCCGAAGGGGUGACCUCCACCCCCUACAAAAGCAUCUUUGCCCCCAAUUCCCUCUCCAACAGGAAUGGGAGCUUAUCCUAUGACAGCUUGCUCAACCCCAUCUCCCCAGCCGGGAAGCGGUGCAUCGCGCACGCCGCGGUGGGCUCCGUCGGGUACCACUCGCCAUAUUUGUCUGCCAAAAUGUGCCAUCUGAGGGGCAGGGAACUCCAGCGCCCGUCUCCCCAGACCUUUAGCCCCGGGCAAGGUGGGCUGACCCAGCACCCGCGAGACCCCUCCCCGGUCCGCUACGACAACCUGUCGAAAACAAUUAUGGCGUCCAUUCAAGAAAGGAAGGAGAUGGAGGAGAGGGAGAAGCUCCUGCACUCUCACCCAGACUCCGUGUUUGCAGAUUCAGGGGUGUAUGACACCCCAAGUUCUUACAGCCUUCAGCAAGUCAGCCUGCUCUCGGACGAUCCCCGCAGCUUAGUCCUGAGAUACGGCUCCAGGGACAAUUUGAUGCCCCACAGCAGCUUCAGUGCACGCAACCCAGCUUUGCAGACCUCUGUUUCUUCCCUCUCCAGCGCCAUGACCCGAGUGUCAAGGACUUCCACACCUUCUCUCCAAGCAGACCUAGCCAAUAACAACAUCCAAGCCCAUCAGGCGCUGCAGGGCAGGAUGAGUAACGGCUCCUACAAAUCACCAAGCCACCAAGUUCCUUCAUCUCCAAGUGGGAUCCCCCGGUCUCCCUCGUACGGGGCUCCAAAAUCCAUCUCCUUUGUGAACACGAUGGAGCUGACCGAAGCUCAGUCCAUAGGCACUGCGAGAGAGGACGUCCCGCUGAAGACUCCCCACAGUAAAAUCAAUGGACAGCCAAAGGGCCUUUCCAGAGUCGAGGGUCGAAUAGGCUCAAUGUCUAAUGUCCAAGCUCCUGUGAGCCCAGCUAGACACUCAAACGUUAAGAAGGUUUCUGGGGUGGGUGGAACAACGUAUGAAAUUUCAGUGUAAACAAAAGAAGAAGAGUAAGAAUUAUGGGAAAAUAAGACACUCCUGGAAAGUCCAUCUGUGGAGCUAUAUCUACUGUGAAGAUCCAAGAGGAACAGAAGGAGGAAACCAACUGCUGGGUAUUAUUUCAUGGCUGGACUUAUGAUUUUUUUUCCCCCCCAACCAUCUUGAAAAGGUAACAUGGAGGUCCCCCUCUGCCAGCCAAGGCCGGCUGUAGCCUUAUUCUUCAAAGGAUGAUGCACUUGGCACAGCUCAUUGGAUACUUCCUGGGCAGACUGACCCGCCUACCACCGACAAUGCCAGCUGUAUCAAACAACAGCAAAAACCAUUGUGCAUUUGUCUUUGUCCAUCCCAUCCUGUCCUUAGAUCUUGUUGCUUUCUCCUCCACCCUUUGCUUCAAGUCUCCAGGCUGGUUGAAGGCCAAGAUGAAGAAGGGAUGGAACUCAUGAGGAAGAAGGGAUGGAACCCAACAAGUUUCUGGUUUUCUCGUUUCAGCCCAUCUGUGAUCUAUACAAAUCUCGGAAGACCUGUGUUUGAGGCAAGCAAGCGCUACCUAAUUUAUAGUCUUCUGGGCCCUCAACCGUUUCCUUAGCUGUGGUGGUCUUCUUAAUUCAUUUCAGGGGGUGGCCGAAGGGAAUCAGGUUUGUGCAUCCAUGCUUUGGGCCACACGUACAUCUUCCUCCUGUUAGGAUGAGUGGGAAAUUCAUGCGCAUAUGGAAACUGGCAUAACCAUACACUCACAAGAAUCUUAAUCUACCAAAGGAAGGUUGAUGGACACCACUUGAGUCUUGUGCAGUCUCUUAGAUGCCAUCCUUUGGGCCAAGAAUGGGGACAGUUUUCUAGCCAUCUUCUUACCACCUGCUAAAGUAUCUGAAACUAUAAUGGCCCAUGAAGAGUUGCACAAAUAAAGGACUUAUCUCCCCCCGCCCAUAUUUGGACAAUUCUAGGUAGGUUUUCAGACAUUACCAAUAACCACGUCCUUCUUUUGAA